AAAAAACAACAGCAGCUACAUCAACAAUAACAAAAACAAGUUCUAGGAGUGUUUAUACUACUGUAUAAUAUCGUUUAAACAGAGCAGCAGUAAAAUAAAGCGGUCGUUGAAUGGAAUUCAUUACAAAUUUCGUUUUGCAAGUGAGCAGACGCGCUUUCGCUUCCAAACAAACAAAUCAAAUUGCUGCAAAUUUUAAAAAUACCUCCAAAAUGACUACCACAAAUUCUCAUGUUGAUCACAGUGUUCACUCGGCCAGUAUUUAUGAGAUUCAUGAAGUACCCAUGAGUGUCAUACAUAGACCUAUACCCUCGGUUCUGGAUGAAGAGAAAGUGAAGUCUUUAAUGGAAACUAUAAAGAAUGAAAAAUCUUCAGAUCGAGUACCUCCCAUAGAUGUUCUUUGGAUAAAGGGUUCAAAAGGUGGCAAUUAUUUUUAUAGUUUUGGUGGCUGCCAUCGUUUUGAGGCUCACAAACGUUUGAAAAGCGAUACCAUUAAGGCAAAAUUAGUAAAUUCCACUCUAUCUGAUUUAUACACUUAUAUGGGAUCGAGUACUCCCAAGAAUUUAGAGUAAUAAUAUAUAGAACGUAAUAUAAAUAGAAGUAAGACAUAUAAAUUAAUUAUUAUAUUUGUUUGAUUAUUUAAGGUUUAUAAAGAAAAAAUAACAACUCGUCUUUUUUUUAAAUCAUAUAAGUAAUACAUAUAUGUAUACUAAAUUCAUAUCUUAAAAGUCACUAAUACAGAAAUAUUUUUUAAAAAUAAAAUAUAUGUAUUAAAAACUA